ACUUGAAUUCUCCUAGAGCCUGAGUAUUGGAGACAAACAUUAAUACUAACCUUGCAGAACGAUGACAACCCCUUACACGCCGACAUCGUUCAUCCAGAUGACUCAUAGCACUCCAGCAACGCCGACGCCAGCGCCGGCACCAACCCGCGGUCGUGGAACAGGUGCCAAACGCGGACGCAAGCCUCGCGGUGCAUUCCCCAAUGUGUCCACCGAUUCCCCUCGCCCCCCAGCACAAUCCGGGCCUAGCACCCCUACACCUGCAAUGCGAUUCACCCCGGCCCAAUGGGCCACUCCCGGAGUCCCUGCAAGUGCCACUGCCACCGGCUCGACAUCUACUGUGACUGUCCCUGCUGGGUCGAGUAGCGCUGCAAUCGCUGGAGAUGUGUCGAUGGACAGUGGGGAUGAUGAACCUAUGGCGACGCAGCCCCCGCCUGUUACUGCUGCCACUUCUUCGACAGAUGCGAUAACUCCACAGCCUGCGACCGCUGCGCGUCCCGCGGGUGCCCCAGACGAGGAUGCAGAGGGUGAAGACGAGCUUUUGCCUGCAAUGGCGGAUGAUGACUACUCUGCACAGUUGUCAUGGCAGAGUGAGAGUAAAGAUAAUCUGAAGGUUCUUAUGGACAAUUUCAGUCCGGGACAGUACGAACGCUUUGAAGCCUAUCGACGUCACGCGCUACCGAAGCAGGCUAUACGGAAGGUCAUACAGCAAACGACGGGACAGCAGGUCUCUCAGCCCGUUGCGCAAAUAGUAGCAGGUGUUGCAAAAGUCUUUGUUGGCGAGAUCGUAGAAAAAGCUCGCCAUGUCCAAUCAAAGCGCAACGAUACCGGCCCCCUUACACCAGACCACCUUCGUGAAGCGUAUCGAAUGUAUCAGGCAGAGACCGGUCGUGUGGGGAGUGCACGGCCAACGCGAGGGAAGCGGCUGUUUGUCAGGUAGCGCGUGAUGAUCAGACUUGGCAGGUACCAUUAUAUCAUGAAGUGGCAACCUGGACAUGAAUUAGCACCGGGGGGCCACUUGUUAGCGUUCGAUAGGCAAGAUAGAAGUAUAUGGACAUGAUGGUGCAGGGCGUUAAAGUGAUCUGAUGCAGGCUGUACAAGCGCUAUGAUAUUAGGUCAUGAUUUUGCCAAAAAGCCAUACAUGUUGCUUGCAGUCCACAAGUGCAAUCUCUGAUGCCAAUGAUUAGCUG